GCCAUUAUUUAAAUAACCAAUAGCAUCUUUUCUUAGAGUUGACGCCUAUUUCAUAGAAAUCAACAUGUUAAAUUAAAGGACAGCACCAGUCCGAAGUAAGAGCGAAUGAAAAGAAGCAUAGAGCCGGAAAUGGCGGAGCGUGAUUGAUUCUUUUAAUUUUUAUACGUUAUAAAUUGUGUAUUAUCACUAGUCUCUGAAAUACUCAAGUAUUGUAAUAAUGGUAUUGAAUAUGUGAAUUUUUUUGUUUAUAUUUUAUCAAUAUUUUGAAAAUAUUAUAUUACUUUACAAAAUGGCUUUCAUGUUAAUUCAAAUUAUAUUUUCUAACUAACAGUGUGUUAACUCAAUCACUAUUGAAGGAUAUUUUUUACACAAAAAUAUUCAUUUUUGAAUUCCGUACUGAUUUAAUGAUAAAUAAAACAAUUAUUAAAGAUGAAAGAAAAAUAAAAGAUAUACAUAUUAUGAUAUGGAGAAGCGAAAUGGAACAUCAGCCUCGUGGGGGCCUAGAAACAGAGCGCCACGAUUUUUUUUUUGGGUAAUAACGACCGCCUUCGUGUGCAUUUAGCGAAAGUGAUGAGAGUGAUUGUGUGAUGAAGUUCUCAGAAAUUAGAAAAAAGUAAAAAUGACUAAAGAAGCUCAUCAAGUGUCUAUAAUAGUCUACUCUACAUCAAUACUUAUAUCAAAUAAUAAUUGUUUAGAUAUUUUAGACUAUGCUAAACUAUGAUGAACUCAACUUAAACUAAAUCUCGUGUUAUUGCAUCAAACAUGUAUUUAUUCUAAUCAUGUUUUGCAUCUAUUGACUGUGGAUAUUUGAAUUUUCAUUCAAUAAAAUCAGUUUUAAAGAUCAAUAUUCAAUAAAAAAAUCAACACGAUGGAUGAAUGUAUGCUUAAUGAUUUACUGGAGUGUUCCGUUUGUCUUGAAAGACUGGAUACAUCAAGCAAAGUUCUACCCUGUCAACAUACAUUCUGUAAAAAGUGUUUAGAAGAAAUAGUUAGCACACAUCGUGAGUUACGAUGUCCCGAAUGUCGAAUUUUGGUUGAUGCUAAAGUGGACGAUCUACCACCAAAUGUUUUAUUAAUGAGAAUUCUAGAGGGAAUGAAAAAUGCAACACCAAAAAGCUCUAAACCAUAUUCGAGGUCUACUUCAGGGCCUUAUCGAUAUUUUGGUGCACAACAAAUAACAUCAGCACCUGCUGUUAAUACAAACGUUACUCCAGUAGUUCUUUCAGCUGAUCCUGCCCGACAUGCAAAUACCUCAGCGAAGCAGGUGCACCUACAUAAUCAACCUUAUGGUCGAGCAAUAUAUGAUUAUGUAUCUAAAGUUCCUGGGGAUUUGAGCUUUAACAAAGGGGAUAUUGUUAUUUUAAGGAAAAAAAUUGAUAACAAUUGGUAUCUUGGUGAAUGUGGGGCAAAUCAUGGUGUAUUUCCAUUAUCUUAUGUACAGGUGAUGACUCCGUUGCCUCCGCAUGUUCCUCAAUGUAAAGCAUUGUAUGAUUUUAGAAUGACUAAUGAUGAAGAAGAUGGUUGUCUCACAUUUAAUAAGGGUGAGAUCAUUAGUGUUAUACGAAGAGUCGACGAGAACUGGGCUGAAGGGAAACUUUUAGACCGAAUCGGUAUCUUUCCAUUGGCGUUUGUUGAAUUAAAUAGUGUUGCACGGGCUCUUAUGAAACUAUCAACAAAUGUACAACCAGGCCCAUCCCGUGUAGCUCCACCAACACCAACAAAUGAAGAGACAACACCUCUCAUUCCUACAGAUCAUUCACGUAACGUCCAAACAACGAGUCAACCUCGACCACAGGCAACUCCAACAGCCACUCUACCUGUCUCAGAUUCUAGUUCAACUGUUUCAUCAGGUGGAAGUUCUACAACUACAACUCCAAAUACUCCUAAUAGUUCUACAAAUUCGAGUAGUUCAAGUACUGCUCCAAGUAGUCCAAGCAGUCCAGCUACUUCACCAUCAGCAGUUGGUGGUAGACACAGCGUUAAACGUCAUAGUUUUACUGCAGUAAAUACGGGACAUCAUCCUCAUCCACAUCAUAGACAUAGUGCUGAAAUACUUAGCCCUCCGGCUGUUGAUUCAUCAUCUUUAAAUACUGGAAAUGUUAGUGUAACUGCUGAAGUUUUUUCGCCAUCACAAACAACUGCUCCAGAACACAGUUUACGUCAUCGUAGAAGUGGUAGUAGUGAUUUAGUUUUAGCUCAACCUUCAUCGAGUUUACCAUCAUCAAAUUCAACUACUAAUUUGCCUGCGGCAUAUGUAGCGCUUUAUCCAUAUAAACCUCAAAAAGCUGAUGAACUUGAGCUCCGUAAAGGUGGUAUUUACAUGGUAACUGAACGUUGCCAAGAUGGAUGGUUCAAAGGAACUUCUAACCGUACUCAAAAGUGUGGUGUUUUCCCCGGAAAUUAUGUUACACCUGCUAAAUGUCAACGAGGAAUCUGCCGUGUAUCUUCAACGGGUACUCAUCAGACUUCAACUUUAACCACUGCACAAACAAGUGAUCCUAGAAUUACUGUUACGUAUACUAAAAAUAAAGGAACAUCUCCACAGCCAUACAGUCCAAGAUCUCUUCCACCUCCUGAACUGCCACCUCGAGCUAUCAGCCCUUCACCAGCCGUUUCUGCAUCUUGGCAUGGUCAGGGCCAAGGUCAAAGUCCUCCACGUAUUUCUGAACCCGUUACUGCCAAUCCUCUUGGACGUAGUCAAAGUGCAGUUAUGUCUCCAAAUAUUGCUUCUCCCGGAAAAACAAUGUUAUCUCCACCUACUAGUGCAAUUGCACCUGCAAUCACUAGUUCAGAUAUAAAUCGAAGUCCAUGCAACACUUUACGAAUUACCGGAGGUGUUACACCACCUCCAAAUACCUCAGCUGCUACUUCAACUGCGAAACCUAACGAAAAAGUAAAGACGAAAGAAAAAAAAGAAAAAGGUGUUUCUCUCAUGCGUCGAUUGACAAAUAUUAAAAAAUCAAAAUCUCCACCGCCUGCUACUUAUUCCAUAGACAAUCCAGUCUUUGAAGAUGGAAAUUUUGUAGCAUCUGGAGAUGCUGUUCAUGUCCGAUCGGGAUCCUGCCCGAGUCAAUUGCUACAGGUUGGAUCAAGUCAACAGGAAACAUCAAAUAAUCAACGAUUAUAUCCCAGCACUGUUCAAGGCACAUUCACAACAUCCCAGAGGGUAAAACAUAAGGAACGACCCUCAUUACCUAUUUCUUUUCUUCAGAGAUCAAGUGAUGCAGGUGGAGUUGUGGCUGCUUCAGCAAAUCAUCAUCGGAAGAGUAAUUCUUUAGAUGCUGGUAUGGGAAAGCAAAGUAAACAACCACCAGUGAUACGUGAAAGAGACCGUGUCAAUAGAUUUCGUUGCAUUGUACCGUAUCCACCAAACAGUGAAUUCGAGCUUGAACUUAGAGUUGGAGAUAUCAUUCAUGUUCACAAAAAACGCGAUGAUGGAUGGUAUAAAGGAACUCAACAACGUACGGGACGCACUGGUCUGUUUCCGGCGAGUUUUGUCGAAGCUUUCUGAGAUACAACACAAGGUCGUCUCGUCUUGGAGACUUGUAUUUAAUUCAAGUAUUUUAAGAAGAGACAACCUGACAUUUUGUCAAUCUUUUUGUCUUAUAAAAAAAAAAUUAUUAUUUAUCAUGAUAAUUGAUAAACUUUUUUGGGUGAUAUAGAAAUGAAUAGAGAUUAUGAAAAAAUGAUUGCCCUAAUAACAACUCUAGUAAGUAGAGUAAAAAAAUUGAAAUAUUUGCUCGUAAAUAUUAAAUCUGUG